UUCAAAUAAGGCUGCUGAGCUGUUCCUGGACAUUAUGGAUGGGAGACGUAAGACCUGAGGGGGGCAAUGCUGCCAGAAGAGGGUCCUGUUCUGCUCCACCAGCUCUUCCCCUGCCCCUGACCUGGAAAUGUGCAGGGAUUACAGCUACUCACUGCCAGUCUGAGAAUCGGGAAUACUGACAUUGAAUUUGGUCUUUUGGGUUAAAGUGUCAUCAAUAAAUACAGACCCGAAGAGAUGGAGCCGCGGAACUGCUGAGCUGCGCCUGGCACAGAGUCCAGGAGGAGACGGGAAAUUCACAGAGAGGAUUAUCCAACAUUUUCACUUCACCCCCCCCACUAAAAGACAAUGGUACCCCCAAGGAUCUGUAUUUUAUUUCUCUUCGUGGCAUUAAGGGGCUCACAUGGGGGCAACGCCCAGGAAUUCCAGAGCAGUGAAGGGACGACGGAGCAGGAGUUUAUUUACAUGAACAGAGAGAGACGAGCGGUGCCGGAGUCACAUGACAAGUGCACCUACACAUUUAUUGUGCCCCAGCAGAAGGUGACGGGGGCCAUUUGUGUGAACUCCAAGGAGCAGGAGCCGGUGUAUGAAACGCGGCUGCAAAAGCAGGAGAUAGAGCUGCUGAAUAGUGAGCUCCUGAAGCAGAAGCGGCAGAUCGAGGCCCUGCAGCAGAUGGUGGAGGUGGACGGCGGAAUCGUCAACGAGGUGAAACUGUUGCGGAAGGAGAGUAGGAACAUGAACUCGCGGGUGACCCAGUUGUACAUGCAGCUGCUGCAUGAGAUCAUUCGCAAGAGGGACAAUGCCUUGGAAGUGUCUCAGCUGGAGAACAAGGUCCUGAACCAGACGGCCGAGAUGCUGCAGCUCACCAACAAGUACAAGGACCUGGAGCACAAGUACCAGCACUUGGCCUCGUUAGCCAGCAACCAGUCCAUCGUCAUUGCCCAGCUGGAGGAACACUGCAAAAAGGUGCCCCCGGUGCAAACUAAGGCCCUCCCACAGCCCCCCCAGCAGCCCAUCAAGGUUUUUAACCCUCCCAACUACAACCGCAUCAUCAACCAAAUAUCAACCAAUGAGAUUCAAGGAGAUCAGAAUUUAAAGGUCUUGCCACCUCCUUUGCCCACCAUGCCUCUAUUCACCAGCAACUCAAAUUCCACAGACAAGCCAUCUGGACCAUGGAAAGACUGUCUGCAGGCAAUGGAAGAUGGACAUGACACCAGCAGUAUAUACUUAGUAAAGCCUGAAAAUACCAACAGACUCAUGCAGGUGUGGUGUGACCAGCGGCAUGACCCUGGUGGCUGGACCGUCAUUCAGAGACGUUUAGAUGGAUCAGUCAACUUCUUCAGGAACUGGGAGACUUACAAGCAAGGAUUCGGCAACAUUGAUGGUGAAUAUUGGCUGGGCCUUGAAAAUAUUUACUGGUUAACAAACCAAGACAAUUACAAGCUGCUGAUCACCAUGGAGGACUGGUCCGGCCGCAAAGUGUUUGCUGAAUAUGCCAGUUUCCGCCUGGAGCCGGAAAGCGAAUACUACAAGCUUCGGUUGGGUCGCUACAAUGGCAAUGCCGGGGACUCUUUCACCUGGCACAACGGCAAACAGUUCACUACACUGGACAGGGACCAUGACGUGUAUUCAGGUAACUGUGCCCACUACCAGAAGGGUGGCUGGUGGUACAAUGCAUGUGCUCACUCUAACCUCAAUGGAGUCUGGUACAGAGGAGGACACUACCGCAGCCGGUACCAAGAUGGAGUUUACUGGGCUGAAUUUAGAGGCGGGUCGUACUCAUUAAAGAAAGUCGUUAUGAUGAUCAGGCCCAAUCCCAACACUUUCCACUAGUCACAAAACCAUCUAAACAGAGUUCCUUUUUAGGUUGUGGCAUCAGAAAAGUAACAGAAAGACUUUUCCUCUGUGACAGUCUACAGAGACUUUUACUGUCCACAAAUACCUGUACUGUAACAUGCUGUAUAUUUUAUUUUCAAUCCGUUUCUGACCAAUCCUCAUUCACAAAACAUUCCUGCAAAAGAACAUACCAACCCAAACCAGAAACAGAUCACCCUCUUAGGUUACAAAAUGAUCACUUUCCACCCAAUUCACUGACAUUUACUCCACCCACACCCCGACUAUGAAUAAUCUUUCAUUGGCAUGGCAUGUAUUUAGGGCAUAGCAUAUGUUUAUCCAAAGCACCAUGUACUGUAACUGUAUUAUCUCAACGACGCAGGAGAGGACAUCCAAUGAAGUCUUGUAGCAGUAAACUAGGUGUUCGUACUAAUUCUUAUAAGUUACUUAUAACAUGUUGUAUUGAAGGGGACUUUACACUACAAGUUCCUCCUUCCGAUUUCAUGUUCAACAAUCUUAAAUUUACUUCCCCAGUGGCACCCCUUCCAUGGUAAGGUUCUGUUAGAAAUAUCGCACUUAGACAUGCUCCACCAUCCGCCACACUUUCAGCUAUCUUUUACUCUCAAUGUACUGUAUCUGUAUGCUACUCUACUUAAACGUGACUUCUUCUAUCCAUGUAUUUGAUCAGGGAAGGACACCUUAUGCUUUAAGGCAAACAAAUCUACCUGUACAGUAUUAAGAGAUAUGUGUGUAUAUAUAUAUAUUUUUACAGACAAAUGAAAUGCAUAACAUACUUCAUGUACCUAUAAAUAUUAUCUCUGCUUUUAA